AAUGGAGAAGGCCUCACUUAAGACCUCCCAAGGUGGAACAGUUACAAAACAGCCCUUUUCAGGGCUACCGGAGGAGCAGAUGACGAUGGGCAGGGCUGUACAAAGUAACGACGGCUCCUCUCUAUCUGAGCUCAUGGACGAGUCUCCUGUUCGACGUGAUGACGAGAUGGAAGACGCGGCAAAGCAGGAUGCGGGCUCUUUAGCUAGCGUCCCCGCGGAAGACAACGGCCUGGACUUUGGUCCGGCAGUGGGCGCUGCAGAGGACGAGGAUGCUGGAUACAUGGCGGAUAUGUUAUGUGCGGCUGAUGUGCGGCUGGCCUCUCAAGAACGUCUUCUCUGCCUUCCCGCGGCCCGACGCUCCUUCCCUCCUCGUUCUUUGUUUACUCCUCCUGCCGAUCCUGUGUGUGUGUGUGUGCCUGUUUCGGACAACAACUCUCCCAUCUCCGUUCCCGUCACCUCUACACCUGUCUCGCGUGUUAUGGACAUUACCGGUUCUCCCUCCCCCUCUUCUACCUCUACUACCUCUACUACUACUACCACUGCUACUACGGCUGCAUCUUCUUCCUCUUCGGUUCUGGGUGCCCCCUCUGCCGUCCUCUCUUCCUCUUCUGCUACUGCUGAUCCGGUUUCGUCGAGGGUGAGUACGGCUGUUCCUGGCGGUCAUGUUUCUGUGUCUGUCCCUCCUUCUCGUCCCCCGUCCAAGUCCCGUCCCGCCCCAUCUGUUGUUACUGUUGCUGUCCCUGUACCUGACCGUUCCCCUAUCUAUACUCGUUCCCUCGCGGCCAAGAAGAAGAAGGCUGCUUCUUCUCCUGCACCCGCAAUAGCCCCCAUAAGGGUUGCUACGCAAACUUUUUACAACUCCGAACGGCGUCGUUCGGUUGGUGGUGCCUCUGCUGUUGUCGCCGCUGUUCCUCCCUCGUCCGCCAUUGUACCUGUUGAUAAUUCAAAAUCAUCCUGUGGGACUUCGGUUAGCGUGGCCGGUACUCCGGUUAACGCUCCCACAGAUAGGCCUCAGCCAACCGCUAAUCCCUCCGCUGCCCCUGUCUGUGAGAAGAAUCUUUCUCCCACGAGUAGGCCUGCGCCGGCCCCCUGUCCUAAUCAGGCAGCGGCUGACUCAGACCGUGUGACAAUUCCUCCCAACGCGCCUAGGCCUCCGCCGGUCGUUGCUUCUGUGUCCGCGCAAUGUCCUUGCAAGGUGUCGCCCUGCGUGUGCAUUUCCGGAGCUAAUGUCUCCGCCGCGUCUCCUCCUACCGUUCCCCUUCUCCCUACCGACAUCCCGUUAACCUAUCCUCUUCUGGAUAGAAUGUGCCCUGUUUGCAACAACUUUUCCGGCACUACCAACAGGAUUUCAGCCCACAUCCGCUCCGUCCACGCUAAGCAAGUGACCUUUAUGUGUCGGGGCUGUCGCCAUUUCUUCCGUUCACUGGGGAUUGUGAAGAGACAUUUCAACCGCGAUCAUGGGGGUCAUCCCUCGUCCAUCUAUUUAGAUGACUCGGACUCUCCUGCCGCUGCAUCCCAGUCCCCCCCUUCCCAGCCCAUUGUCCAACGCAUCUCUGUUGGGCCUUCCCCCGCCACCAUUCCCACUCUUCCCGCUCUGCCGAAUGGCUCGUUUGCGAAAGUGGUCAAAUCUCCCCCCCGGCUCUUCCUUCCGCAAAGGCUCUCUUGCCGCUCGCCACUCUGCCGCCGUCGCCUUCUAAAAACAAAAAUAAUAGUAAGAUCAGGAAACCCCGUCCCCGUAAGGUUAUCUCCUCCUCAGCACUCGUCCCAAAAAUACCCCCGGCCAGUGCGAUCCCAGAUUCGGGUUCGGUUGUUUCUUCCUCCUCUUCUAGGGCCACCCUUGCACGACCGACGGAGGCUGGGAAACCUCCUCCUAAAGUCGGUGCUCCGACCAAGACAGUUCGUUCCCCCCAACUACAGGUCCGAACCCCUCUGCCCAAGCUCGGAUUUCCCCUCCUAA